CAUUAUCGAGACGCGGUAGAGUGAAGAUCAGUGAAGGAAAAAAUCCAAGAAAAAUAAAAAGCAAGCGUGAGUGUUGGAUUGGAUAAACGCUUGUAUUAUAUAUUUCCAAUCACAUCCAUUGUCGCAUUGCAAGAAAAUAUUUAACAUUCAUUGAUCGUCAUAAAUGUGAAAGUGUAAGCUGUUGAAUAAAGAAGAAAAAAAUAAUUAAAAGAAAGAAGAAUGGUGCACGCUGUAGAAGUUCGCGGAGCGUACAAAUAUUAUGGAAAGGCAAAAGAUCCUAAAAUCGUCUUGAAUCGACUGAACAUGACAGUUGAACCUGGAUCAAUCUAUGGUUUGAUGGGCGCGUCAGGUUGCGGUAAAACAACAUUGCUGUCAUGUAUCAUCGGAAUGAUACCACUCGAUGGUGGACAUAUUACAGCUUUGGGUAUCCAAACUAAGUUGAAUGAGAUACAAAAAGCCGGCCCAAGAAUUGGAUACAUGCCACAAGAAACCGCCUUGAUUGGUGAAUUAACAAUCAAGGAAACAAUUUAUUACUUUGGAAGAGUUUUUCAAAUUGAUUUGGUGCGAUUACAAGACCGAUACAAAAUGUUGAAGAACUUGCUAGAGCUUCCCAGAGAUGACCAAAGAGUUGAAGAAUGUUCUGGUGGACAACAGAGAAGAGUUUCAUUUGCUGCUGCAAUGAUUCAUGAGCCUGAUCUUCUGAUUCUUGACGAACCAACAGUUGGCCUUGAUCCGAUUCUUCGUGAAAAGAUUUGGGAUUUUAUGUUGCAUGUGACGAGAACAAGUAAACUCGCAAUUAUCAUCACAACUCAUUACAUUGAUGAAGCAAAACAAGCGGAUCGUUGUGGAUUGAUGAGAAAUGGAAUUUUGUUAGCAGAAGAUACACCGCGGAAUAUUAUUAGUCAUCACGAGGUUGAGAACCUCGAAGAAGCUUUCUUAAAGCUUUGUAUGAAGCGUGGAGUUUCCGAAGAUGCCGUUGAAGAUGACAAAGUUCAAACCAAUGGAAUUUAUCCAAACGGAAAUAACUAUGAACUUGAAGAACGUCCCGAUCCCGAUCAUAUAGAGUCACUUGAAAGCCCAACACAAACACAACAACAGUCAUCUGAAGCAAGUGAUGAGAAAUUCAUACGAAGAAAGUAUGCAUGGGUUACAAUGAGAGCUCUAUUCACGAAAAACUACUUGCAGAUGAAGAGACAACCUGCUGGUGUGACCUUCAUGGUGAUUGUGCCCAUUUUACAAAUUGUCUUCUUUUAUUUAGCAAUUGGAGGAAAUCCCAUUGGAUUAAAGAUUGGAGUGGUUGAUGAUGAAGUGAUGAAUUAUGAAGAUUGCUUUAAUUCGUCAUUGAUAACAACAAUUUCACAUUCUGAUGGCGAAUGCGAUCUACACAAAGUAUCUUGUCGAUUUCUCCACGAGCUUAAUGAUUCGAUAGCCAUUAAACAAUAUUACAAAACAUACGAAGCAGCGUAUGAAGAUGCAAAGAGAGGGAAGAUUAUUGGCUUUAUGUAUUUCGCUAGCAAUUACACUGAGUCAUUGGAUUUUAUUCAGAAAAAUGGUAGAUUUUCUGAUGAUGGUUCGGCAACGAAUAGUAAAAUACAAAUACGGAUAGAUCAGUCAGAUUUGCAAUUAACCUUUUUUACCCAAUUACGCUUCUAUCAAACGUUUAAGCAGUACAUUCAAAAUAUGAUGGUUGACUGUGGUUAUCCGGCUCGACUCGGCACAAUUCCUAUGUCUUUUGAACCACCAAUUUACGGUUCAUAUGAUGCUGACUUUAAACACUCAAUGGCGCCACCAAUGAUUAUGGUGAUGAUGUUUUACAUUGCUGCUGGCUUAACUGUUGCAAUCUUCAUUGCUGAUCGUAAAGAAGGUUUUUGGAAUCGCACACUUUUGGCUGGCGUGACAUUAAAAGAACUUAUGUUAGUUCAUGUUCUAACACAUUCUGUUAUUCUUUUAAUUCAAUUGUUGGAAACAAUUCUCUUGAUUGCUUUCGUGUUUGGUGCUGAGAAUAGAGGAAGUAAUGCGGCAGUGCUUUUCCUACUAAUGAUGUUGGCAUAUUCGGGAAUGUUUUUCGGAAUUCUUCUUUCUGUCGAGUGCAAUGAUCUCAGGGAAGCGAAUUUCGUGUUGACGGGAAUUGCAACGCCUAUGGUCGUGUUAGCAGGAAUGUUUUGGCCAAUUCAAGCAAUGCCUUGGUUCCUUCAGUGGUUCUCCUACUGUAUGCCAUUCACAUUAUCAUCAAUAGCAGUACGAAACAUCAUGUUUAAAGGUUUUCCAUUCUUCCAUCCAUCCGUGUUACUCGGAUCAACUGUUGUGACGCUUUGGGCUUUCUUUGCCAUCUUUAUUGGACUCAUUCGAGAGAUUAAAAAAAUCAAUCACAAGAUGAAUACUGUGGAAGUUCGAGGAGCUUUCAAAUAUUAUGGAAAGGCAAAAGAUCCUAAAAUCGUCUUAAAUAAACUGAACAUGACAGUUGAACCUGGAUCAAUCUAUGGCCUAAUGGGUGCGUCUGGAUGUGGUAAAACAACAUUGCUGUCAUGUAUCAUCGGAAUGGUUAACCUUGAUGGCGGUGAAAUCACAGUUUUGGGACAUCAAACAAAAGCCAAUGAAAUUCAGAAAGCCGGUUCAAAGAUUGGAUACAUGCCACAAGAAACCGCCUUGAUUGGUGAAUUAACAAUCAAGGAAACAAUUUAUUACUUUGGAAAGAUUUUCCAAGUCGAUUUGGAGCGAUUACAAGACCGCUAUAAGAUGUUGAAGAACUUGCUAGAGCUUCCCAGAGAUGACCAAAGAGUUGAAGAAUGUUCUGGUGGACAACAGAGAAGAGUUUCAUUUGCUGCUGCAAUGAUUCAUGAGCCUGAUCUUCUGAUUCUUGACGAACCAACAGUUGGCCUUGAUCCGAUUCUUCGUGAAAAGAUUUGGGAUUUUAUGUUGCAUGUGACGAGAACAAGUAAACUCGCAAUUAUCAUCACAACUCAUUACAUUGAUGAAGCAAAACAAGCGGAUCGUUGUGGAUUGAUGAGAAAUGGAAUUUUGUUAGCAGAAGACACUCCGCGGAAUAUUAUUAGCAGAUAUGAAGUUGAGACCCUCGAAGAUGCUUUUGUCAAGUUAUGUAUGAAGCGUGGAGUUUCUGAAGAAGCCGCUGAAAUGACGUAUGAAAAUAAUAACUCUGAAGAACAUGAAAUGAAUCAGAUAACUGAAGUACAAGCAGCUAACAAAACUGACCAUAAAGCGAAUAUUCCUAAAAGAGAAUCGUUUCGAUUGGAUACGAUACGAGCAUUGUUAACAAAGAAUCUUCUUCAAAUCAAAAGACAACCAGCUGGAAUUGCUUUUCUUACCAUUGUUCCAAUGAUUCAAAUUCUCUUCUUUUACCUUGCAAUUGGGGGGAAUCCCAUUGGAUUGAAACUUGCAAUUGUCGACAAGGAAAUAACAAAAUACGAAGAUUGUUCAAACUCAUCUUUUAUUUCUACGUUCAUUCAUGACAAUGGAUGUGAUUUGCAUAAAGUUUCAUGUCGAUUCCUAAACGAGAUAGAUGACGAAACUGCCAUUAAAGUAUUUUACACCAACUUUGACGACGCUUAUGCUGACGCUAAAAAAGGAAAAGUUAUUGGAAUCAUUCAUUUUGCUUCAAAUUUCACAGAAUCGUUGGGGAAAGUUCGUGUAUCGGAUGAAGACAUUGAUGAAGUUACAAAACGAAAUAGUCAAAUUAAAAUCUACAUGGAUCAGACAAAUCAACAGCUGACAUUCUUUCUUCAACGAAGGCUUUACUACAUUUACAAGGAAUAUUCAGAAGGGAUGUUAAUUGAUUGUGAUUUACCGAAGAAGUUAGAUAACGUGCCAAUUGAGUUUUUACAACCAAUUUACGGAACUUAUGAAGCAGAUUUUAAACAGACAAUGGCACCGGCAAUGAUCAUGGUUAUGAUGUUUUAUAUUGCUGCCGGUUUGACGGUUGCUGUUUUCAUUCAUGACCGUAAAGAAGGUUUUUGGAAUCGAACACUUUUAGCUGGCGUUUCAACAUCGGAAAUGAUGCUCGCUCACAUUAUGAUUCAUUCAAUGAUCUUGGCAAUUCAAUUAUUUGAAGUCAUUGUUUUAGUUGGACUUGUUUUCAAAACAGAAAAUCAUGGAUCGUUUUUUAUCGUUGUCUUGAUUUUAGCGCUACUAGGGUUGGCUGGAAUGUUCUUUGGAUUAUUGCUUUCAUGUGUUGUUGAGAACUUCAUGCAAGCAAAUUUAAUUAUGACAGGAUUAUCACAACCAAUGAUUGUUCUUGCCGGAAUGUUUUGGCCUCUUGAAGGAAUGCCAGCAAUUCUCAGAUACAUUUCAUAUAUUAUGCCAUUCACUUUACCUUCUAUAUCAGUUCGAAACGUUAUGGCUAAAGGCUACACAUUCUCUCAUCCAACAGUUCUUACUGGAUUUGGUGUUGUUAUUAUAUGGACGGUUGGGGGAGUUCUCUUAGGAUUAAAAGCCUUACAAAAUAAGAAAUAUAGUCGAAAUUCUUAUGAAUUGAAAUCAAAAGGAAAAAAAAUCAACAUGAAUGCUGUCGAAGUUCGCGGUGGUUAUAAAUUUUAUGGCAAGGAAAAGGAUCCGAAAAUUAUUCUUAAUCGCCUUGACAUGAACGUUUCCCAUGGAUCAAUCUAUGGAUUACUUGGCGCAUCAGGUUGUGGAAAGACAACUUUGUUGUCAUGUAUUGUGGGAACGAAAUUCUUUAAUGAAGGAAAGUUGAAUGUUUUGGGUGGAACGCCAGGCACGAAAGGUUCUGGAGUUCCGGGACCAAGAAUUGGUUAUAUGCCACAAGAAAUUGCAUUGGUUGAAGAGUUUUCCAUCAAAGAAACAAUUUAUUAUUUUGGCAGAAUUUAUGGAAUGUCAACAGAACGUAUUCGAGAGAGAUACAAACUUUUAAGAGAACUUCUUGAUCUUCCAUUUGGAAGCAAACAGAUUGGUCAAUGUUCUGGUGGUCAACAAAGGCGAGUUUCAUUUGCUGCUGCAAUGGUUCACGAGCCCGAACUUUUGAUUCUCGACGAGCCGACAGUUGGACUUGAUCCAUUACUUAGGGAAAAAAUUUGGGAUUUUUUAGUUGACACGACACGAACCAGUAAGCUUGCAGUUAUCAUUACUACACAUUACAUUGAGGAAGCCAAACAAGCCAAUUGUAUUGGAUUAAUGAGAAACGGAAUAUUAUUAGCUGAGGAUUCCCCACAAAAUAUUCUUACUCGAUAUGAAGUUGAUUCACUUGAGGAUGCUUUCCUUCAUUUAUGCAUGAAACAUGGCGUGUCAGAUGAAGCUGAUCAGAAUCUUAAUCAUGUUAAAACAACACACGAAAUCACGGAUGAAACAGUGAAAUCAAAUAUGAAAGACAAAACAAUACAAAGACGUAACUCUAUUGACUCUGACAAUUCAUCCGACGCGUGUUGUGGUGGUGUUGGCGAUAUAAAUUGCAAUAAAAAAAGUUUAAUGAAAAAGCUUCAAUUCACCACAAAACGUCGAAUGAAAGCUCUCUUGGCCAAAAAUUUUUUACAAAUGGUUAGACAACCCGCCGGAAUGGUUUUUCUUCUUUUCUUUCCCAUCUUUCAACUUGUGUGCUUUUAUGUUGCUGUUGGGGGAAAUCCCAUUGGACUCAACAUUGCAAUUGUCGAUGACGAAUUAUCAAGCUUUAAAGAUUGCUUCAACACAUCACUCAUCACUACAUACGCUCAUGAUGACACCUGUGAUUUACACAAAGUCUCUUGCCGUUUCAUUAAUCAAAUCAACGACUCGGUUGCCAUUAAACACUUUUAUAAAUCAUUUGACGAGGCUUAUAAAGAUGCCAAACAGGGAAAGGUCAUGGGUGUCGUUUAUUUUGCCAAGAAUUUCACAGAAUCAUUAACAGACAUUAGAGAUAAUGGACGUCAUGCAGAAGAUGGAACAUUUAUCAACAGUGAAAUACAAAUCUACAUGGACAAUUCUGACCAACAAUUGACAUUUUACCUCGAAAAGAAACUUCGGCAAACUUAUCUCGAGUUCGUACAAAGCUUAAUGGGUGAUUGCAACUUACCAAUUAAACUCGGUAACAUUCCAAUUGAUUUCAUGGAUCCAAUUUACGGUUCAUUUGACGGCAUAUACACCGAUUACAUGGCACCAGGUGUUGUGAUGACAAUGAUUUUCUUCCUUGCAACUCUUAUCACAUCAACAAUCUUUAUAACGGACCGGUUAGAGGGGAUUUGGGACCGCACACUAGUUGCUGGGAUUUCAACAUCAGAGCUUUUGCUUGCUCACAUCAUAACACAAUCAGCAGUUAUGUUAGUGCAAUGUGGUGAAAUUGUUGUGUUAGCAACUUUCAUAUUUAACACACAAAAUCAUGGUGACAACUUCACUGUUGUUUUUCUCUUGAUGAUGCUUGGAUUUGCUGGAAUGCUGUAUGGAUUGUUUAUUUCCAUUUUCUGCGAUUCUCAUACAAUGGCGAAUUUCAUGGCGACAGGAAGUUUUUAUCCAAUGAUCAUUCUUUGUGGCAUCUUCUGGCCUCUUGAAGGAAUGCCAGUUUAUCUUCAAUACAUUGCUUUUCUCUUGCCAUUCACUUUGCCUUCCAUAGCUGUCCGCAAUAUUUUGGCCAAAGGAUGGACGAUCGCACAUUCGUCAGUAAUUGCUGGCUAUGGAAUCACAACUGUUUGGAUUGUAGUAUUAUUAACUUUAUGUUUAAUAGGACUUAAGAUUAAAAAAAUGGUGUCACUUCGAGAUAAACAGAUAAAUGCAAUUAAGCAAAUGCUAAACUUGAAUCAGCCUUUAACCAAGACGUUAGCUGCUGAACCGGUUUGGAAACUAUUAGUGUAUGACCGUGUAGGUCAAGACAUUAUUUCACCUCUGUUGUCAGUUCAGGAGCUUCGAGAAAUCGGAAUAACACUUCACAUCCAACUCCAUUCUGAUCGUGAUAGUAUCCCUGAUGUACCAGCAAUCUACUUUUGUGCUCCAACAGAAGAAAAUUUGGGAAGAAUCGCUCAAGAUUUCCAGAACGGGCUUUACGAUGUGUACCAUCUUAACUUCAUUACACCGAUCUCAAGACAAAAACUUGAAGAUUUAGCAUCAGCAGCAUUACAGUCAAGUUGUGUUGCUAACAUUCACAAAGUUUAUGAUCAAUAUCUGAACUUUAUAACAUUGGAAGAUGACAUGUUUAUUUUGAAACAUCAGAACAGUGAUUCAAUGUCGUAUUACGCAAUAAAUCGUGCAAACACGAAUGAUAUUGAGAUGGAACAAAUGAUGGACAGUAUUGUGGACAGUUUAUUCUCAGUUUGUGUAACACUCGGAAAUGUUCCAAUAAUUAGAUGUCCUAGAAACUCAGCAGCUGAAAUGGUCGCAAGAAAGCUUGAAAAGAAACUACGCGAGAAUCUUUACGAUGCUAGAAAUAAUUUAUUUCAUAUGGAUGCAACACAAGCAGCAAAUUUCAGUUUUCAACGCCCAUUGCUUGUCAUUUUAGAUCGCAAUGUUGAUAUGGCGACUCCGUUACACCACACAUGGACAUACCAAGCACUUGCACAUGAUGUCAUGGAUUUAUCCUUAAAUCGAAUUAUGAUUGAAGAAGAUCCUGAUAAAUCAGACGGCGGUGCUCGAAGGAAGACUAAAUCUUGCGAUUUGGAUAAUCGUGACAAAUUUUGGUCAUCUCAUAAAGGAAGUCCAUUUCCAACAGUCGCUGAAGCGAUUCAAGAAGAAUUGGAAUCGUAUCGAUCAUCGGAAGAUGAAAUUAAAAAACUUAAAUCAACAAUGGGAGUUGAUGGGGAAAUGGAAGUUGCAUAUUCAAUGGUUAAUGACAAUACAACACGAUUAACAAAUGCCGUCAAUUCAUUGCCACAGCUUAUGGAGAAGAAAAGAUUGAUUGACAUGCACACGAAAGUUGCAACAAGCAUUCUCAGCUCCAUCAAGACACGGCGUUUGGAUUCAUUCUUUGAAUUAGAAGAGAAGAUCAUGUCGAAAUCUAUUCUAGAUAAAGCUUUGAGUGAUCUUUUAAGGGAUCCGGAAUUUGGAAGUGUCGAAGAUAAAAUGAGACUUUACAUCAUCUUCUACAUAUGCACCAACGUGCCAGAAACUGAAUAUCGUAGACUCGAAGGAAUUCUUAAUGAAGUUGGAUGUGAUUUAUCUCCAAUGGCUUAUGUACAACGAUGGAAAAGUAUCAUGACACGAUCAUCGACAUUGAACACAAAUCAAUAUGAAGGAAGUGGAACAAAAACUGUCACAAUGUUCUCCAAGUUACUCACACAAGGGUCAUCGUUUGUCAUGGAAGGAGUGAAAAAUCUUGUUGUGAAACGUCAUAAUCUUCCAGUGACAAAAAUCACUGAUCAGCUGAUGGAAUGUAAAAAUAAUGUUGAAAUCGAUGAAUAUCUUUAUCUUGAUGCGAAGCUUUUAAAAGGAGGCGAUGUUGCGCCGAGAAAUCGUUCACCAUUCCAAGAUGCAAUUGUUUUUGUAAUCGGCGGUGGUAAUUACAUUGAAUAUCAGAAUCUUGUCGAUUUUAUUAAGCAAAAAAACACGUCAAACACAACAAAGCGAAUUAUUUAUGGAUCGUCAACAUUAAACAAUGCAAAGCAAUUUUUAAAACAACUUUCGCUUCUAGGACAGGAGAUCAAGGACGGAAACUAAACUUUCAUAUGUAAACAUAAAUAUUAUUUUUAUUUUUAUAGGUUUUUGAUUUGAAAUUCUUUUUUAUAUUAAUAUAAGAAGAAAAAAAUAUUUUUCUUGUUGUUAUUAUUGUCAAUAAAUCAUAAUUAAAUAAGCGGUAGAAUGAGAGAGAAAAAACGAAGUAGAAGAAGAAAAAAGUCAAAACAAAAGCGAAAGAAACAAAACAAAAUAUUGUUGAAACGCAAUUGUUGACAUUCAACCAAGAACUUAUGCAAAUUUAAAAGAAUUUGUGGGUUUAAAAGAAGCUGUUAAUAAUGGAUAAACAAAUAUUUUGAAUGUAUCUUCAAUGGAAUGUGAUUAUGAGACUCAUGAUGAAUGUUUCUUUAAUAAAUUUAUCACUUACCACCUGUCAUUUAUGUGAUGAAAGCUUUUUUUGUUCUUAUCACAAAACAUUAACCAUCCGACGAGCGUCAUCAGCAGCUCGCAGACGAGUUGGCUCUCCCAGUAAAUUUGUGGCAUUUCCAUCGAGACUCGCUCAAUUUCGAAAAGAAAAAAAUGUUUUAAGCGAACAUGUGGCUCUCAUUCUUUCCUACUAUUAAAGAAAGAAAAAACUUUUUAAUGGAUAAAAAUGUUAAUAAAAAUAAAACUGUUUCGAAAACCAGUUUCCAUGUCAAGAAGAGAGAAGAAAAAAAGCAUCUUCGAGUUCUGUUGCUCGCAAAAAUGCGAAAUGCCUUCUUAAUUGCG